AUGUCCACCCCCGUCUUCUUCGUCACCGGCGCCAGCUCCGGCUUCGGCAAGGCCGUUGCACUCGACGCGCUUGGUCGUGGCUACCACGUGGUCGCCUCCGCCCGCGACGCCAGCAAGCUGUCUGAGCUAAAGGCCGCCGGAGCCGCAGUCGUCGACCUCGACGUGUCCGCCGGUGACGCUGUUGUGGCGGCCGCCCUCCAAACGGCCGUCGACCUCUACGGCGCUCUCACGCACGUGGUCAACGCCGCGGGCUACGUUCUCGAGGGCGCCGUCGAGGAGAUCACGCAGGACGAGGUCGCCGCCAUCUUCGCCACCAACGUCCUGGGCACGACGGCCACGGCGCGCGCGGCCGCCCCGCUGCUGCGGGCGUCCAGCCAGGCCGGCCGCCAGACGGCGCUCGCCAGCUUCGGGUCCCUCGCCUCGUACACGGCCGCGCCGUCGGGCGCGCACUACAGCGCCACAAAGGCCGCCGUGUCGCGGCUGAUGGAGGCCAUCGCGCAGGAGCUGGCGCCCUGGGACAUUGACGUCACCACCAUCGAGCCGGGCUACUUCCGCACCGAGCUCUUGAACACGGGCGCCGGCUCCGGCGUGUCGCGCCUGAUCACGCCCAAGACGCGCCUGGCCGUCUACGACGGGACGCCGGCGGCGGCCGCCCGCCGCGACAUGGCUGCGGUCAACAACAAGCAGAUUGGCGACGUGGUCAAGGGGGCCCGCGUCAUCGUCGACGUGCUGACGCGCACGGGCGUCGCCCACGGCCGCAAGGCGCCCGUCAACCUCGUGCUGGGGGCCGACUGCGUCGACCGGGCGCGCAAGACCUGGGCCGAGCGCGAGGCGUCGCUCAAGGAAUGGGAGGACGUGUCGCGGUCGACGGACCACGCGGAAUAG